AUGUCCCUAUUGGAACGAUAGGAAUAUUUGGUUUGAGCGUAAUAACAGAGACGUUCAGCACAAAUCAGCCUGCGAUAUUAUCUAACCCAUCAUUUCCAAACGGUAAGAAGUUUUAUCUAAUCCCCAAUGCAAUGAUAUCUUCCAACAGCCUGGAAAGCAGAGUGGCUAUGCACAGAAGUAUAGGCCAAGUUUCGAACCCGAAAACUCCUUUGAUUUAAAUUUUGCAGCAUUCUAAUCGUCUGUAUGAUGGAAGGCAUGCAACGGCAGGGCCAGGAUAUCAUGGAGCAUUUUAGCUCCGUCACACGUGGGCUCAGUUCUAUGCUUCGCCGUCACCUGGGAGAGCAUAGGCGAGGAGAGGAAGGUGCUACCAUGUUGCCGUGGCCCUGGUCGGGAAAAAAGUUAGACAGGGUUCAAUUUGGAAAGUGGGUUCCUGUAGCGGCUGAUCCUGUGGAGGCUAGAUUGGGCCAAGUUGUGGUGGAUUUCGGGGCCCGCUUGGACGGGGUUGUGCAGAAAAUGGUUCAGCAUUUGCCUCUGCCGCGGGCAUUUCAGCGGGAGGACGGCCUCUCUGAAACCCUAGUUAAGCAGCCACUCACUGGUUCGUCCUCUGGUCACAUGGAUUAUGUUGCUAGGGCUUCUCAGAGGGAGGCUUAUGAGGCAAACGAAGAAUUUGAAGAUAUAGAGGAUUAUGAUGUUUUAUUCCAUGAAAAGAUGCGUAGCCAAUCUGGCAAACAUCAGGUAAGUGUAUUAGCUAGUGCCACCUAUAACAGUCGGACUCAGGACGUUGAAUCUUCUGUAGUUGCAAUGAGAGACAAUUGGAGGGCGGAGGUCUCACUUGGGGCUCCUUUGUCUGAGAGUAAUACUGUGCCCCUGUUUCUUUUUCAACAAUUUCCAUUAUUUGUUGUGCGAGAUACAACACUUCUCUUAAAUCUUCACUCAUCAGAGCAACACAGUCUUUGGUAUGGUUUUGACAGGAAGAAUGGAUUGCAUUCUUUAUGCCCAGUUCUAUGGUCAAAAGACAGUGAAUGGUGUUUUCUGUCAAUGAUCUGUCCCAAUUCAUUAACUUGUCCAUUCAUCGAUGUGCAGUUUCCAAAUGGCCAAUUUACUUAUGCAGCUGGAGAAGGCUUAAGUGCUAAGGCUUUUGUCCCUGCCUGUGGUGGCUUUCUUCAAGCACAAUGCCACUAUCCAGGGGAGACAAAACUGAGUUUCUCUUGUAAGAAUAGGUGGGGUACUUGUGUAACACCAGCAGUACAGUGGCCAGAUAAAUCAUUUUCAUUUUCCAUGGUACAGCCAUUACCUUGGCAAUGGUCAGGGCCUGUUUUUCAGCCAACUACUCAAUUGAGUGUAACUCCUACCUUUGGGGGCCGAAAUGGUGGCUUGAAAGCAGAAGUAGUCCACACAAUGAGGGACCGGUUUAGUUUUGCUUGUGGCUGUGCAUUUACAAUCAAUCCAACAGCAUUUGCCUCAGUUUCCGUUGGUGGGUCUAAAAGCAACGGAAAUUCUGGGAUCCCUGGGAUAGUUUUGAGAGUGGAUAGCCCGCUUGAAGAUGUGGGCAGAGCUAAUUUUUCAAUUCGGUUGAAUACUGGAAUAGAGCUGUAGUUCACAUUUUACACCUGGGAACAGUUGCUCAAGCAUUGGAGAAAACUUUGCACUUGUAAAUAGUUUCUGGUGUAUCCAAAGUGGAGGCUUCUGACUCAGAAAAAUACAAAAUCCUUUUGGUUGGAAAUAGGGAUACUAUUACUCAGAAUAGGUCAUAUACUAUGUGGAUUUUACUUGUGUUUUCAGGCUGGAACUAAAUAUAGCUGCGUUAUUAAGUUCUUGAUGUACAGGGAAGAAUGUUGGCCAUCUCUUGUUUCAGUCUGGUUAGUUCUCGAGUUGUAUGCUCAGUGUGUAUUAUAUGUCAAAUACAUUGUAUUAUUUUGUGAAGGGUCACUAUAUGUAAAAAUCCUCAGUGAUCAACCUAAUCCUCGGCUCUCUAGCAAAGGCAAUCCAUGAUUUCCGCAAAUGAGUUCACACACCUUUGUAUUUUCUUUAACAAGUUAGAAGAUUAUUAUUUUUUAUUUUAAUUGAAUGUCUCGAGGAAACUUCCAUUGGACA